AUGAACAAACGUAGCAAAAAUAAUCCCCCUGUUUCAGGAGAGGUAGUCAUUCUCGCCUUGUGCAUAGUCUUAGUCAUGAUUACCUUAUCUCAGAUAUUGGUAGUUCAUCACAAAUUUAACGGUAGAUUUCACGGUAGUCGAAAUCCCCGUUCCAGGAACAUUCGAAACCGUCAGGAAUUACGACAGCUCGAAAAAAGUAUCGCUACAUUAAUGCGUCAAAAUGUACCAAGCAUAGAACAACACAGUGAAAUGCUGCGUAGUGAAAUUUACGCCAGUCGGACCUCGGAUCUCAUUCUCAGGGCCAUGCAGGAAGCUCGGAAACCAGCGGAAACGACUUCUUCUGUGGAUAAAAAUGACAACAUGUCUGAGUUGUAUAAUUAUGAUCAAGACAGUGAUGGGAAUCUUGUAAAUAUAACUAUAGAUGUACCAAACAUUCAUUUUCGUAGUAAUAGUAGUGGAUCAGUAACGAGAAAAUAUCAAACGCUAUUCCCCUUUUUAAAAAACAAAACUAUCCAUAUGGAUGUUAAAAAGCCACAAAAGAGAGUGAAAAUCAAACGAUUUUGUCCUUUAGAGCCUCGUGGAUUGCAAAAGCGGUUUAGUACUUUUGAUAGGGAAUAG